UGAACGAUAAAAGCAAGCCGGCUAAAACCCAGAGAAAAUCCUUGUUAAAACCACCACCAUCCAUUAAAUCUACAACACAAUAUCCCAAAACUGAGAUCUAAUCAGAAGAAAUUUUGAAAAUGGGUGGCGUUGAAUUGGUACCCAGGGAGUACGGAUACGUAGUUCUUGUUCUUGUUUUGUAUUGUUUCAUCAAUUUCUGGAUGACUGCGCAAGUUGGGAGAGCCCGCAAGAGGUAUAAUGUGUCUUAUCCGACGCUGUAUGCCAGUGAAGCUGAUAACAAGGAUGCCAAACUCUUCAAUUGUGUGCAGAGGGGGCACCAGAACUCACUGGAAAUGCUGCCCAUGUUCUUGUCGUUGAUGAUACUGGGUGGAAUCAGACACCCUGUGAUUGCUGCAUCAUUGGGAGUUGUUUACUGCAUCUCUCGAAUUUUCUACUUCAAAGGCUACUCCACGGGUGAUCCCCAAAAACGUCUAUCCAUCGGGAAAUAUAGUUUCUUGGCUAUAUUUGGGCUCAUGAUUUGCACAAUUUCAUGUGGACUUGGUAUGCUUACUGCUUGAAAACGAAAGGAUAUGCUUUCGAAUCUUGUUGUUUUCGUGCUCACCUAACUUAAGAAUAUCAUCCACAACCACAAACCAAUUUCUCUACUGGAUUUUACCCAUUCCAAUUGGAUCUUUUGUUUGCAUUUUGACAUACUCCCUAAUAAAUACAGCUUUUUACAAUCUUGUAAAAAUAUGCUUAAUAUAUUUUUAGUUUUUAUGUGGAGAAAAGGAGAUUGAGACCGCUGAUGGUUCCUUAUUUUCCAUGUAACAAUUCGAACUCGCAAUCUAUAUAUUUGGAGGAGAAACGUUUUAUCAA